AACAUUUAGUGUGAAAACUUUGGUAAAUACCAUAUCAGGUAUUAAUUAAUAAUUAAUAAUUCAUAGGAAAAGUUUUUUUUUAUUUGGGAGGUGUGGCGAACAUUAGUUAUAACAUUAUUGUAUUUCAAUUUAUAUGAUUUUUCUUUCAUAACCAAAAAGAUGAGUUUUGCUACUAUUAUAACAUUUUUGUUACCAAUAAUAUCGGUGUCCUAUUGUCAGCGCUUUCUAUACGGUAGAGAAUCUCCUUAUAUUUCCGGACAGUUAUAUCGGACGCAAGCAUUUAAACCAUUAAAAGCAGUGUCAGUCCUGACUGGCAAAGAUGUAAACGGUGUCAUCAACUUUGAACAAGUGGGUUAUGAUAGGGUACGUGUGGUCGGCAAAAUUGAAGGCCUAUCUAAAGGCCCGCACGGCUUUCAUGUCCACCAAUUCGGUGAUGUGACCAAAGGAUGCGGAAGUACUGGAGGACACUUUAAUCCACACAAUCGAGAACAUGGAUCUCCCGAUGACUUUAAUAGACAUGUCGGCGAUUUAGGCAAUAUUUUUGCCGACGAUAACGGUGUUGCAAACAUAGAUAUUCAAGACUAUUACCUUACACUUAAUAACGGACCUAAUUCUAUAGUGGGUCGGGCAGUUGUGGUUCACGAAAAUGUCGAUGAUUUAGGUCGCGGAGGACACGAACAAAGUAAAUCUACCGGKAAUGCUGGCGGACGGGUGGCCUGUGGUCUCAUUGGAUGGGCUAAUGAAAAGGCUUGAAUUAAGACACCUAUUSUAAUACACUGUUAAAUGACAUGUAUUUGA